CUUGCCAGCCCCGGUGCUCUCCUGUACCAGUGCUGACGGAGCCUGGCCUCCCUGCUGUUCUAACCCCCGACUGCUCGGCCAUCUUCACCACCUCUUGGGUUGGUUUUUGACCCAGUGAGCGCUGGGAGCAGACGUCCCUGCUCCCCAGAACUCACUGUGGGUUCUCUCCCACCUCUCUGCCUCCAGGUCUGUAAACGCAACUGAGAUGUCGAUGGAAGGGGAGCCCAGCAGCCUGGCCAAAGUCGCCCAGCUCUUCAUCCUGUCUCUGGCCUGGGGGAUGCAGAUAUGGGUCACCUUCAUCUCAGGGUUUGUGCUUAUUCGGAGCGUGAGCCGACACACCUUCGGCCUGGUCCAGAGCAAGCUCUUCCCCUUCUACUUCUAUGCCCUGGUGGCCUGCGCCUUCCUCAACCUGUCCAUCUUUGCCUACUACCACCCCCGAGAGUUGCUGAGCACCGUGGAGACCCUGCAGGGCUCUCUCUACUUCGUCUGCCUCCUCCUGGCCAGCGUUAACGCCCUGGCCUUGUCCCCGGCCACCACGGCGGCCAUGUUCCGGUUGCAGGCCAUCGAGCGGGAACACGGCCUGGGCGGGGAGGUGGGGCUGAUGGCCAGGCGCGAGACAUACCAGCAGCUGCGGGAGAGGGACCCCAAGUAUCAGGCUGCGCGGCAGACAUUCUUCAAGCGCCACGGGCUGUCGUCCCUCUGUAACCUCGCCUGUCUCGGCUGCAAUGGAGUCAACCUGCUGUGCAUGGCGCUGCACCUCAGCAGCCUGUAGGCAGGGGGCCCCGCAUGCGGGGAGGGGGUGGCGGCAUUGUUCUUCGGGGGGGCCCAUCCACUGGGUGGGACUUGAUUGAGCGAGGGGCUUGGAAGUCCAUGCCCCUACCGGGGUCUGAUUGGUGUCUCUUUCUAAGCCUGUAUCCCACGCCUGGCACCAGCUGGAAGUUCAAGUGUUGGGCGGGGGGGCAGGGAACGCAACCGACUUGGUAACUCAGCAACGCUUCUCCCUGGAUAGAAAUCCCCUGCUCUGGGAGGGGAGCGGGGUCUAGUGGUUAGAGUGGGGGGAGGGGGUGCUAGGGAACAGGACUCUUGGGCUUUCUCCCCAGCUGUGGGAGGGGAGUGAGGUCUAGUGGGUGAGAGCAGUGGGGGGCUUGGAGCCAGCACUUCUGGGUUCUAUCCCCAGCUGUGGGAGGGGAGUGAGAUCUAGUGGGUUAAAGCAGGGGGGCAGAAAGUCAGGACUGCUUGUGUUUUCUCCACAGCUGUGGGAGUGGGGUGGGGCCUAGUACCCCAGAGCAGGGGGAUAAACUAGAUCUCUUUAUUUUUUGUAAAUUAAAAUAAAAAUCUCAGAGCCAGCUAACAAGCUGCCUCUGCUAACAUGUGAUAUCGAACUAGCUGGGGCUGAAAUUUGCCCUGUGCAAUGAGGUCCCCCAGCCUCAUUCACAGCGGGCCCUUUCAAAGGGCCCUGUGGGAGACGGAUUCCCAUUUCCCUUUGGAAACGGCCCCGCUGCCUCUUGGAGAUCAUUGUUAUUAGCUCUAUGGUGGUGACGGCAGCAGCUGAGUUGGGGCCCUGUGGCACUGCACCUAGGCAAGAGCUUAGUUAAAACAGGCAAAAUAUGGGAGGGGAAACUGAGGCACAGAGAGGGCAUGUCACAUGCCCAAGGUCACCCAGUUGGCAGUGGCAGAGCCGGGGAAUAGAACCCAGGUUUUCUGAGUCACGGUCGACAAGGCAACGCUGCCCCUUACCAGAACCUCUGUGGUAUUUAAUGGCAAUGCUUAGGCUGGCUCUAUGGAGUACUCAACUCUGGUGUCCUCUUGUCCAUUUCAUGCUUCCUGUUCUGUUCUCACUGCCCUCUGUUUCCUUGCUGAGCCUUGGCUGGCAGAGAGUGAGAAGCACGUUCCACAGGCUCUUUGCCCUGCUUUUUACUCCAGUUUGUACUGAUCAAAGGGGAAAAACUCUGAAUGCAAGUCAUCUUCCAGUGGGGUUCUUCGGGGGGGAAAUAAAUUGCUCUUUUGUGUCUGCACAGCAGCAAACAGGUUAUAGUCUGACUACGGCUCCCAGAUGCUCGUGCAAUAGAAAUAAAGAAUCAUAUUCUCUGAGCUGCUUUUCUGUUCUAAAGUUUUCUGUUAAUAAAGGACAUACUUACAAACUC